AUGGGAGAAGCACCAAUACUCGUUCAUCAAGACCAGCAGAAUGGAGCUAGUAAUGGUUCUGAAUUAAAAGACGGAAAUUUCCAAACAACUACCACCAUUGGCGAUAAAACGUAUGUCAUCGGUGGAGCUGAUAAUGAAACUCUGUCCAGUGAUGUUCGAGUUUUCGAUAAGUGUCUCGGAGAAUGGGUUAAUCCAACUGUCUUAGGCACCAAACCCUUGUUAUGUGAAGGUCACUCAGCAGUGUUUUUGAAAGACCGAAUCGUAGUUCUUAAGAAGAAUCUUAAGCCAGAUGAUCAUACAUGGUUUCUGGAGGUAGACACUCAAUAUGUCAGGCAACAGAAAAAGAAAUUGGGGACUGAGGUUGUUGCAUGGAGUAAGGGUGUGAUAGGAAAUGUUGAGAAACCUGUUGUUAUUAGCGGUCCUUCUGGAGUAGGUAAAGGAACAUUGAUAUCGGUGCUCAUGAAGGAAUUUCCAUCCAUGUUUGGUUUCUCAGUGAGCCACACAACCCGUGCCGCAAGAGGAAAGGAGAAAGAUGGUGUCCAUUAUCAUUUUACUGAGAAGAGUAUUAUGGAGAGAGAGAUCCAAGAUGGAAAGUUUCUUGAGUUUGCUGCUGUGCAUGGUAAUUUGUAUGGGACCAGUGUUGAGGCUGUUGAAAUGGUAUCAGAUGCAGGGAAAAGGUGUAUUCUUGAUAUUGAUGUUCAAGGGGCAAGAUCUGUGAGGGCUAGUUAUCUUGAAGCUAUAUUCAUCUUUAUCUGUCCCCCAUCAAUGGAAGAGCUGGAGAAGCGUCUUCGUAAAAGAGGAACGGAGACAGAAGAACAGGUUUUAAAAAGAUUACGAAAUGCUCAGGCCGAGAUUGAGCAAGGGAAGUCAUCAGGCGUAUUUGAUUUCAUCUUAUACAACGACAAACUUGACGUGUGCUAUGACAGUCUCAAGAAAUUAUUGGGACAUGAUGGUUAUGUCACUCCUCCACCUAAUCCAGCUGCAAGAGAGUUCAAUCUCCCAACGGAUUAUUCAGUAACCGAACUUAAUGACAAAAUCAUCAUAUACUGCAACUCUUCCGAACUAGACAACAUGAUAAUGUUAGACGUGUCCUCGCUUAAAGGCGGUGCACCUGGCAGGACAAGAGGGCUGGAUUUCAUUCAGAUGGAACAGCUUCACAUUCAAUGA